GGAAACUUUAUAAAUUGUUUCGAUACAGAUAUAUACAUAAUUAUCAUUCUAUAAAAUAAUAUUGUUACUAGGACACUUCAAAGUAAUAUCUCAUCUUAAUAAUAAUAUACAUAUACAUAUAUAUACAUAACAUAAGGUAUGGCUGGUUAUAUUGCUAAACAACUUGUGGCAAAACCUUUAGAUGCAGUUAAAAACGUUGCCAAAGAUGCUGGAUCUUUAGCAACAACAACAACAAAUGAUGAUCUUGAAGCAUCAAUAAUUGCAGCUGAAGAAAAACGUCGAGAAAGAUUUGAAGGUUUAGAAGAGCAAAGAGAAAAUAUGAGACAAACAAUUAGAGAUAAAUAUGGACUAAAAAAGAAAUCUGAUUUUCUGGAAGUAGGAACACCAGAUGGUUCAAGACGAUCAUCAACUCAUCGAUGCUCUGAUGUCAAUUUAAAUACACAUCGUCGAUCUGCUCAAGAGGAUUCAUUUAUGAAAUUUAUUCCAACUGCAAUACAAGAUGUUGCAUCAAGAGUAGUUGAAUUACCACAACAAUUAGCAAAUCAGGCAACUGAUAAAUGUUGUCUUAUGUAAACUAAAAUUUUUGUCCUAACAACAAAAAAAGAUUUAUUCAUUUGAAUUGUAUUCAUAUUUACUUAUUGAACACCCCCAUAUACAUAUUUAUUCAUCGUUUUUUUUGGUUUUUGUUUCUUUUCAACAAAAUCACAACCAUCUAAGUUAGCAUAUAUAUAUAUAUAUAUAUAUAUAUAUAUAUAUAUAAUUGACCGUUGUCAUGACUGGUAUUAUGGUUACUGUUGUAAUUUCAUUGAGAUUAUUAAGUUUAUUUAAAUGUUUAAUUGUUUAUCUUGAUUGAAAUAAAUAUUUCAAGUAG